AAAAUUUUAGGUUAUGUAAAUAAGGUAAUUAACUUUAAGAAAAAAAUGUAAUUUUAUGGCCAAAAUAAGCCAAAUUUGCUCAGAAAUAAUUCAUAUUCCAUAAUCCAUUUGUCAUCUUUCAUCCUAAAUGAACGCUUGAAGUUUGUGGCUUUUAGUGACACCUAGAGGUGAAAUUUCAGACUGCAGCAUAUUGAAUAUUAGCGUUAUAUGACAACUCAGGUACAAAUUAAAAUUUAUCUUUCACCAGGAAAAGAACAUAAAAAGAUCAGAGGGAAGAAAAGUCCAGGCUGAGUUUUGUCUUAUGUUUAGCUGGAUGUUUGCACUUUUAAAGGUUUAUAAUUCACUUUAUUUCCAGGGUCAGUUUUGAAAUAAAGAAAAAAACAAAGUCUUGCUACCAGCUGACAGUUUACCAAGGAAACAUGCUAUGAUUUUAUCCCAUGAUUUAUUUAUUUUUUCAAAGCUAUGCCUGAAAAUCUGAAAAUUACUACACCUAUUUGCUUACAAAUUCUGCUUUUGAAAUUUAUUUGUAAAGCCAACAUGUGAUGGCAACAGGAACUAUAAUAUCAUCACCUCAUGACUUGCAUAUUGAGAUAUUUUCAGCUAAAAUAACAAUGUAAUCCUUUGUGCAGUAACCAAAGUCUCCCUACAUAUUGCUUUAGGGCUCUGCAGCAGAGCUCUGCAGGAGCUGAGAGCUGCAUCCUAAUAAACUCUGUUGACUGCAGUGGGCGAUGUGAUCAUGACCAUUGAGUCCUUGAAAUUCUCACUGUGGGAGUUUGGAGGACAUGUAUGAUGAAAGAAAAGACACAAUGACGAUAUCAGUAACCUCAUCUAAAACUAUUGGAGAUGCUGUCAGAUGAUCAAAGAUCAUGUAAACAACAAGAAUGUGUAUUUAUCCUGAAUUUCCAGGAAAAGUGAAAGUCCACCUCAGGCCCAGUGAAAGCCAUAUUGCUAGUACCGUAAUCUCCCCUUUCUCACAACACUGAAAGUAAUAUCACAACAUCUAAACCCUACAUGCACUUGAAGAGUGAAAAAUAAGUAGUGAAAAUAGUUUGCACAAACAUGAUUGAUGUAAUUUAUUUUGGAUCUUGUUUCUGACUGACAAUAAAUGUGUUGAGUUUUUGCUUCUGAAUUAGUGUAAAAAACAUGCAACUGCUGAAGAAAUGAACCAGCUCAGUGCUUUGCAAGAUUAAAACCGCCUGGAAAUUGGUUAAUUCAUUCAUUUAUGGUCCUGCUACCUGACACGUGUUUGAGUAAAGCGGCUGUUUAAGGUUGCCAACUGACCUUGUUGGAUCUUAAAUGUGAACCACUGCACUGUUCCCUUUCAAGGGCCCACAUUGUCUGUAGGGGUAUGUUUUAUUUCCAAUCUAAAUGAACUUAGUAUUUGAUGGAUUAAUAGAGGCUAUUAUGUCCCUGCAGCCAUGAUGCUGUGAGGCUGCAUGAGGCAGCCUGAACGAACAUGAUGGAGGAGGCUGCCAGCCAGCUUGAGAGAGACCAUGUACACAGUGUCUAUGACAAGAUCGCUCCAUAUUUCAACGACAGCCGCUAUAAAGCCUGGCCAAAAGUGCGACAGUUCCUGCUGGACCAGCCGCCUGGGAGCAUUGUAGCAGACAUUGGUUGUGGCAAUGGCAAGUAUCUCCACAUCAACAAGGAAGUGUUCAAGCUGGGCUGCGAUGUUUGUCGCCCACUGGUGGACUUCGCUUGGAGCCAAGGACACGAGGUCCAAAUGUGUGACGGGCUGAAUUUACCUUACAGAGAUGGCUGCUUCGACGCUGUGCUCUCCAUUGCCGUCAUUCAUCACCUGUCCACCAAAGAGCGCCGCAUUCGAGCAAUAAAGGAGAUGGCUCGCUCCUUGCGAGUGGGUGGACGCAUCAUGAUCUACGUGUGGGCCAUGGAGCAAAAACGUCGCAAAUUUGAGAAACAGGACAUCUUUGUCCCCUGGCACCCCAAUCCUAAUUUACCUCCUGGAUUCAAAAGGGAGCAUGCCAAACCCAGAAGGAGAGCCACAGCGCAGAGCAUGAGUGAAGCCAUAGACAGCACUGAAAAGCACAGGAAGGUUAGAAGCACAUCCUCUGUGGCCGAUGAGGAAGAUCUGACCCGCACCGUGCCGCAGCAGAGGACACAGAGACUGUGGUUCUUCUCCAGGUCUCUGGAUUCUGUAUUUGACUUUGGAAGCUUAGCCAUCUCCUGGCCGUCCUCUCGAGACCUGAGCACUUUAUCUUCACCCACAGGUGAAAAUGAGGGAAACAAGACCAACCAGCGUGGAAAAGGGCGAGGCCUUAUUAAGCAGGUCUCAAGCUUCUUUUCCCCUCCAUCUGUGAUCGGAUCAGAGGAGGACGUCUUUGACUCGGUCACGGACCUGCACAAGGGACAGAACGAUCCCCGAGGCAAUAACAACAUUACUAACAACUGCACAGAAAACCAGGGUGUCUCAGUAUCUUUAGCCCAGGAGUGUGGCUCUUUGGCUUUGCCAGACCUGAUUUCUUUGCAGAAGGAGCAUCGGAAGCAGUCUGGAGAUGAAAGCAAUAGAGGGCCGCAGGGAGAAGAGCAGCAGGAAAGCACAGAGAGUCCUCAGGGGAGUGAAGGACAGGUGGAGGGCUCCUGUCUGAGGUACUAUCACGUCUUCAGGGAGGGAGAAUUGGCAGAGCUGAUAGAGAAUCACAUUGAAGAGCUUCAUGUAAAACACACCUACUUUGAUCAUGCCAAUUGGUGUGUGGUGGCAGAGAAAGUUCAGUUAUGGAAAAUCUGAUUUUAACUUGUCAAAUCUGGUAAGUUUUAGCACUGAGUCUGGCACUUACUGAUAGUGGUUUUUAUGAGGGAGGGGUGUAUGAGAGUACAGAUAUUCCCAUAAUUGAGCGUAAAGUUAACACUCGACUACUUCACUGCUACAGUUCUCUACUUAGCUGUUAGGAAAGCAUCGUUUUGAGUUUUUUUUUUAAUCUUUACUAUUUAUUUUACUUUAUUUUAUAUUCAUUUUAGCAGUCCAUGAACCAGCUGUGUAUCAGAUCUAGAGGUUUUUUUUAGAUGCUUCUAUUCUGUUUUAGUACAGUGGAGGCAGUGUUCAACAAUGGCUGUAACUUUGUUUUAGACCACAUUUUCAAGUAUUUAUGAUAUUUAAAAACAUGAACAUGACAAGCAGUAUCUUAAAACAAUCAGUGUGAGUUCUUUUUUUUUUUUCUUUUUUUAUUAAAUGAGUGAGCUUUGUUGCAGCUAUUGUUCUUUAGUUCUUUUACAAGUACUUGUCUACAAAGAAAGAUGCUAAUAAAUUAAAUUUUUUGUCUUUGAGAUUUAAAUAUAGGCCAAAAAAGAAUUUGCCAGAUGAAAGUGUAUGCUUCCUUCUGCUGUAAUAUGUUUUAAUACCUUAAUUUCUGUGGAAUUUUUCUUUUUUUGUCUGCCUGCUUUAUGAAUCCAUGUCUUGUGGAGAAGCUAAACAUGCAUCAUACAUCCGUUAAGGACUUCUCUUUGAGGUGAUCUGUAAACUACUCAUGUUAUUUAUUCCAUCUUACUAUUGUAAGAGAUAAAAGUUGUGCAGAAUAUCUUCCAAAACCCUUGUGCUUUAUUUGCUAAAAAUGUUAAAACAACAUGUUGCUGGUGCGUGUGCUUGAUGUUUGCAACUGUUGCAUAAUGUUUUGUAGCAGGCUGAAUAUACCAGAAAUCAACUGCCUCGUAUACUGUGAAUAAGCAUUGCACUGUCACUGCUUGAUGUCAGACAGGUGACACUGGAAAUGUAGAGCUUAUCUGUACCCAUCGUGCCAAGGAGAGUGCAUGUAAUGACCAACUGUGUUAGUUUUAAAGUGAAACUGGUACCUAAAUGUCCCAUUAGUUUAACGUUUUUUUCUCUUAUUAAACUUUUUAUUCAUGA